AUGGCAAAGAGUGGUAGAUCACAACGUAGGGCUUCUUUCAGACAGUACAGGAUGGUUCCGUACCAGUUGCCGAAUUGUGAUGCUCACAAUGCAGAGGAAUGCUGCCCAAAUAAUAAGGGCUGCAAAGGAUUAUUUGAUAAGAAAGACUGGGAAGAAGCGACCUGCUCUGUUUGCAUGGAGUGCCCUCACAAUGCAGUUCUGUUGCUGUGCUCCUCUCACGACAAGGGUUGUCGUCCCUAUAUGUGUAAGACUAGCUUCCGUUACUCGAAUUGUCUGAACCAAUACAAGAAAGCAUACACGAAUAGCGACGUAGAGAAGUGUGAGAUCAUGGAGCUUGCCUGCCCUCUUUGCAGGGGCCAAGUGAAAGGCUGGACUGUGGUAGAGCCUGCACGCCAAUAUCUGAACUCCAAGGAAAGAAGCUGCAUGCAAGACGAUUGUUCGUUUGUUGGCACUUACAAGGAGUUGAGGAAGCACAUGAAGGGGGUUCACCCUUCUGCAGCACCACGUGGAGUAGAUCCUCUGUUGGAACAGAAGUGGCGGAGGCUGGAGAGGGACCGUGAGCAUGAUGAUGUCAUCAGCACGAUAAGAUCUACGAUGCCCGGGUCGUUGGUUUUUGGGGAUUACGUGAUUGAGAGGAACCACGGUGGUGGUGACUACUUGGAUUCAGAUGAUGAUGAUGAAAAUGAAGAUGUGGAUUUUGAAGUUGAGGCUGCAAACAGGAGUAGAGGAGAAGGAUUUGUGGGUUUUGGUAGGAAUCUGGUGAAUGUGGUUAUGCUGUUGCGCGCCUUUGGUUCCUCUCGUGAUGAGUUCAGCAGACGGCUUCCACAGCCGGUGGGGAUGCCCGAUCCCAACACCUCUCGAGUUGGUGGAUUGGCUUCCUUUGAUGAAGAAGACAUUGACCAUCAUCAUGGCUACGAUGAGAUGGCAGACGACGAUGGUGGUGGUGGCAUGUCAUCACUUGUUUCUCACCGUUCAGCUUCGCCUUCUGCUGCUGCUUCCUCCUUCCCGUCUUCCAGCUUCCGAACCAGCUACACAGCAGUCGGGCGACUUGUCGCUUUCGUUUUGGUGCAAGUUCCGGAAGCUUUUGACUUCCUGUUGCUUUGCUCCUCUCAUGACAAGGGUUGCCGUCCCUAUAUGUGUGGGACUAGCUUCCGUUAUUCCAAUUGUCUUGACCAGUACAAGAAAGCAUAUGCGAAUAGGGAUGUCGAGAAGUGUGAGAUCUCGGAGCUUGCCUGUCCUCUUUGUAGGGGCCAAGUGAAAGGGUGGACUGUGGUGGAGCCUGCCCGUGAAUAUCUGAAUUCCAAGGAAAGAAACUGUAUGCAGGAUGAUUGUUCAUUCGUGGGCACUUACAAGGAAUUGAGGAAGCACAUGAAGGGGGUUCACCCUUGUGCAACACCUCGUGGUGUAGACCCUCUAUUGGAGCAGAAGUGGGGAAGGUUGGAAAGGGAGCGAGAGCGUGAUGAUGUUCUCAGCACAAUAAGAUCUACAAUGCCGGGUUCGUUGGUUUUCGGGGAUUAUGUGAUUGAGAGAAACCGUGGUGAUUUUGAUUCAGAUGAUGAUGAAGAUAUGGGGUUUGACAUUGAGGCUGCAAAUAGGAGUGGAGGAGGAGGAUUUGCAGGUUUUGAUCAGAAUCUGAUGAAUGUGUUUAUGCUGUUGCAUGCCUUUGGGUCUGCAUCGGGUUCCCACCAUCAGUCAGAAGGAGCCCGUGGUGGCAAUCGACACCCUUCACCAGUCGGUGCAUUUGAUGACGACAUUGACCAUCAUCACAGCUAUGAUUGGACUGCAGACGAUGAGGAUGAUGAGGAUGGUGGUGGUGGUGUCACAUCACUUGCUUCUCGUCUCCGUGCUCAAGGGCAGAUGCUUUUGAACCGUUCAGGUAGACGACGUAGGCGUAGGGUCGAUGGAGGUGACAGUUGA